UUUGGUUAUUGUAAAGGAGAAAAAGUUACACAAGCGUCAUGAUUUUGUAACGCACACUUUAGCUACUAUGUAAUUGUUGCCACUCGUAAUUGAGCCACCAGUGUCUUCUUAGCUUUACAUCGGACUGAACAAACCGAGCGCUGAAACAAAGAGCUUUGUUUUUUUUUUUAACAAAGAUAGAAUAAUCGAUCAAUUUAUUAAUUAUACAAGGACUCAACCAGUCGUGUAUGUUUGGAUUACUGAAAGUAAAAAUGAAAUAAAUACGAGGAAACCGGGAUGCAUUUUGUGAUUAAAUAACAGAUAAAACGCGUAACGGGUUUAGGUCUAGACGGGCUCGAGAGAUUUGGGUAGUGACAACAAGACAGAAGCGCGCGCUUAAAAUAUGGAGUUGAAUUCAGUGAUUCUGACCACUGGAUCUUCGGUGGGUUUUUUCAAAUUAGUAAACUAUGGAGUCGGCAAACUUCCCAUCCCCGAGACAGCUCAGAGGAACGUUUGGAAAUGGAAAAACAUCUCCACGUCUUUCGUGCACAGCCUCCUAACUGGAGUGUGGUCCGUGCUUUGUUUUUGCAUACAUCCCCAGAUGGCUGAGGAUUUGAUAGAAACAUACUCCGUUUUCUCUCACGCCUUGGUAUCUGUAUCAAUCGGGUACUUUAUAUAUGACUUCUUUGAUAUGGUUAUCAACCAGAAGAUCAGUCAUUCAUGGGAGCUCCUUUUCCACCAUGUAGUGGUGAUCACCUGUUUCGGGAUCUCUGUGUUGACCUGUCGGUACGUGGGUUUUGCUGUAGUGGCUCUGUUAGUGGAGAUCAAUUCAAUCUUUCUGCAUCUGAGGCAAGUGCUCCGCAUGGCCAGCCUGGCCAAAAGUACAUUUUACCGCGUCAAUAGCAUGAUCAACCUGGGCACCUAUGUAGUAUUUCGCAUCAACACUCUGGCCUGGAUGACCCGCUGGCUGGUGCUCAAUCGUGACCUCAUCCCCCUGAUCAGCUACACCAUCGGCAGCGUGGGUCUGGCCAUCAUGACCGUCAUGAACAUUGUGUUGUUUUGCCGCCUGAUGAGAAGUGACUUCAUGAAGUCCAGCCGUGAGAAGGAGGUGAGGAAAGAGAAGGAGAAAGAAAUGUAGGAAGAGAACUCUUCCCACUCCAGCUUCAGCUCCAACCAAAUCCGCUCUGAUUGCCACCAUUCCCAGACUUUGGGGAAAAAGUUCCUUUCAACCUGCUGACUUCAUUCCUGUGACACCUGAUUGUCGACUAGAUCAAAGUUUAGUCAUUUAAAGACCUCAAGCUGUGCUAAGAUUAUGAUGGCUGUUGUCACAGGUUUACAGUUGUCUGACAUGAAAGACAUAUAUUUACACAUGCAACCUUAUGCUCAAAUACUCCUGCAUGAUUUAUACAGUGACUCAAAACGUUAUAAGUUCUAAUGAACUGGAUCUGUUUACUUUUAUCAAAUCGUAUGCUACCCCAUGUAAUGUGUACAUUAUCUAUUAAAUGUAAGCAAAUAUUCUGUUCAAAUAGGAACUGCAUAUGUGGGAUUAAAAAAAUGGAAAGGAAAUAUAGGACAGAUGUGCCCCGUGUUCACUACUGGAUGGGGUCGAAUUUAAUUUGCUAAACAUGACUGUAGUUUUAUCUUGUGGAUGAAUACCACUAUUCUCAGAUUAUCUGUUUCCCCUUAAGUGGAGAAUCUGAAUCUCGAUGCUGGAGUCUUCACAGCAGCUAUCAGGAUUAAAACACUCUUUCUUACAAUGAAACGAAACAAUGCAUGUGAGGUUUGACGUCUGACAGGACUGUCAUUGCACAAAUCAUGCCUGUAGGUGGCACCACACACACACACACACACACACACACACACACACACACACACACACACAACCGAGACCUCAUGUUAGUUUAUGCUAAUACUUAGUCUAUAGAGUGGCAAUGAUUAAAGCAGCACUUAUAUUGCUUUAAAUGAGCUGAACUCUUUUCUUUCUUUUAAUAAUCUUUGUAAUUUUAUUUUAUUUGAUAAAUUUGUAAUUUAUGUGUACUUAAUAUCAUUGAUUGUUAUGGUUGGAGGCAAACUGCAAAAGAGAGCAAAAUGAAUGGCGGAACACUGUCUUGUGCUAAAUGAUGUUGUGAUUUUGUUUGUGGUUAACAAAGAACGGUCUCAGUCAGAUGCACUAAAGUAAAGGCAUUGAUGUGUUUAGCCUUAUUUCAUAUACUCAGUGUCAUGGAGAUUGUAGACUGAAUUCUGAUUAUUAUUGAAUUAUAGGCAAGAGUGGCCUGUCUGUCCGGUGGGAAAUUUGACGCCCUGUAACCGCAUGUAGCAUCACCGACUUGUGCCACAAAACUAGUUCUUCAAAGCACCAAAGUUUAUUCAUAAUGUUUAAUUAAGUUUUAAUCUGGUGUACUCCUUCCUUAUUUUUACUGUUUGUAAGAGGGAUUAAUAAUUUAUGAAGUAAAAAAAAACUACUCAUGAUAAAAUUAUUACAGGAACUUGAAAGCAAGUGAAAUAUAGAAAAAUAAACGUGCACUGAAAUAGUUGUUUUUUUUGUUGUUGUUUUUUUUUCUAUUGGCAGCUUCAUAUCGAGUCUAUUUGCUUGUAUAUGUGCUUCCUCAAUCAAGUAACUGGUAUCUGUAUUCAAAACGAAAAAUGUGUAAAUUUUAGUUUUUGAGAGAAACCAAUGUGACUUACAAUUUGUAAAAGAUCAUUUCAGCAAUGUGAUUGUCCUUCACUUGAGAGUGCAGUUCUGUACUGUGUUUGAAAGGUAAGCUGCUGUUGUAUUGUGGAUCUGAUUUUUUGAGCAUAGUGUUGCAGUGUUUUCCAAAGCAAUAAUUAAAAAGAAAAAAAAAAAUCACAGCUGGCAAAAGAUAGAUAUACACACCCAAUCCCCCAGGAGAGCACAACAAAAGGAAAACAGUCUUUUCCCUUUGCUUUUGCUUUUGCUUUUCCUUUUUUUUUUUUUUUUUUUUUUUUUAACCUAUGCUGUUUUAGUUAGCCUAAUCAAUUAAGUUUUAAACAAUUGUAUCUAAAAUGUAUAUAGCAUAAUUGUAUUUUUGUCUGGAUGAAUUACUGUUUUGUAAUUAAUAUAAAAAUUAUUUGUAUAUGAUUAUUAUUGUUAAUCGUGAAAUAAAACGUUAUUAACACUUCA